UCCCCUUCAACCAGAAAUCGUGGGCGGCGCGUCCAAUGCUGUGCGAUUUUCGUCAAAAAAAUCGCAUCUGCCCCGGUGCGUUCGCCACCGUUUUUGGGCCGACGGCCGUGUCGCGGCGGAAACCGCGAGCUUUUGCGAAAAAAACUCCAAAACACCCGUCUCGUCCGUCGGUUAUUAUCGAUUUUACGAACAGGUGUGUUGACCGCGCGGCUAACGGGCACGCUCCGCCGCAGUGGGCAUGACUGUCAACCGCCGCAGCGUACGAUAUUCCAUAGAAUUUCCUGCACUACCCGUUCAGUUUUGUCCGACCGAGGUCUCGAUUCGAAUAAACGCGUGACAUAUCGAAUAUUUUCAUUCCGAUUCGAAUCCAGUUCGUGUAUUAUAUAGGUACCUACGGCUACACACAAUAGGUACCUAUAUCGCAUCAUAUCGUAAUAUUAGGUAUAUACGAUCGUCAACGCCGUCGUACAUCGGUUGUAUUUUAACAACAGUAAUAAUAACGCGUGUACCACCGGAAACUGAUCAAUAAUAAAUUACCUAUAUAUGUAUAUUUAAUAUGUUAAUAUAUUAUUAUGCGGGAAUAGGAAGGUUUUAGACAUUAUUAUAGUAUUUUACGUCACGAUAUCGAUUACAAGCAGUGUAGUCGCACGUAAAAGCUCUGCAGGAUGUCCGCAAAUGUUUGAAGUGCGUGAUAAUAUAAUUCGCGAUCAACAAACUGCGUAUGAGCGAUUUAUUACAGCAACAUAAAUUAAUUUAUGUAAAAGGAAAUUUAAAAUAAUUUUCUAUUGUGGCUAUCAUAGCUCGACGAAGAGGACGCAAUGGUUUGUGUGCUUUUGGUACCACCCUGGUUAGACACUGGCUGACUAGUUUUUUGCUGGGAUCGUUAUUCGCAUCGUUAAUCAUUUACUAUGUUGUUUUAAAUCAACGAGUUCCAAUCUCAACGUACGUGGAAAGUAGUAAUUACGAUGUUCAAAAACAUGAAUCAACGUCAGAAGCCAUGGAAAAAGAGUUGAGAUUAUUAAGAAGGCAGCUUAGUAUGACACAAAAUCAUUUAUUAGCUGCAAUGAAGACGUCACUGUUUCCCGUUUCCCCAACUGAUUCACCACAGUUAUUACCAGAGACUCCUGCGCCAUGCUCUUCUCAAAAGAUUACAGACACGGUAGAUAAAUGCGAAGUUAUUGAAGUCGGAAUCGUGUGUGCUGGUUAUAAUUCUACUCGUUCAGUAGUAACACUUAUAAAAUCAAUAUUAUUUUAUCGUAAAAACCCACUGAGAUUUCAUUUUGUCGUAGAUGUUAUAUCAAAAAAAAUUUUAAAAACUUUGUUCGAUACUUGGAAAAUACCUCAAUUGGAAAUAGAGUUUUAUCCAGCUGAAAAAAUUAUAGCCGAUGUCUCUUGGAUAAACAAUAAACAUUAUUCUGGAGUUUAUGGUUUGAUGAAAUUAUGUUUAACUCAAGUAUUUCCAGAUACGUUGAAACAGGUUCUAGUUUUAGAUACAGAUAUAACUUUCGCUACAGAUAUAGCUCAGUUGUGGUCCAUGUUAAAACGCUUUAAAAAAGAACAAGCGUUAGGAUUAGUAGAAAAUCAAAGCGAUUGGUAUCUCGGAAAAUUGUGGAAAAAACAUAAGCCAUGGCCUGCGCUUGGACGAGGUUACAACACGGGUGUGAUACUGAUGGACUUACAGAAAUUACGUUUAAUUGGCUGGAACGGAUUAUGGAGAUCUGUGGCAGUAAAAACUUUGGUGACACAUUACUGGACCAGUCUGGCCGAUCAAGACAUUUUUAACACAAUUAUUAAAGAACGGCCGGAACUCCUAUAUCCCAUGCCAUGCCAAUGGAAUGUCCAACUCAGUGACAACACUAGGAGUGAACUUUGUUACGCCGAAGUUAUCGAAUUAAAGAUAAUUCAUUGGAAUUCGCCGAAAAAACUUAAAGUAAAAAACAAACAUGUUGAAUUUUUUCGAAAUUUAUAUCUUACAUUCUUAGAGUACGAUGGAAAUUUACUUCAAAGAGAACUUUUUGGUUGUAAUUAUUCAUCCACUACUCAAGAUGUACUAGAAAUCAGCGAAGAUGAUCUCUGUUACGAGUUCAGAAGAGCAGGUAUGGCUAGUCUAAGGACUCAUUUAUAUUUCUUGGAUUUUGAAUACCAGACAUCGCCAGAUGAAUGCGACAUAACACUUGUUGCUCAGCUAUCAAUGGAUAGACUUCAAAUGGUUGAAAUGUUAUGCGAGUAUUGGGAUGGUCCAAUAAGUUUAAGCCUUUAUAUGUCUGAUGCCGAAGCUCAACAGUUUUUGAGCUACGCACAAAAUUCGGAAGUGCUUAGGAAUCGUAAAAAUAUUGGAUACCACGUAGUUUAUAAAGAAGGGGACUUUUAUCCUAUAAAUUUAUUGCGGAAUGUUGCAUUGGAAAAUGUUGUAACACCAUAUGUAUUCUUAUCUGACAUUGAUUUCUUACCAAUGAGUGGCCUGUACUCAUAUUUAAAAAAAUACAUUUUUAUAAUGAACAUUAAGUCUUCCGAUAAAGCUUUAGUCGUACCUGCUUUUGAAACUCAAAGAUAUCGAACUGCAUUUCCACAAACUAAAGCAGAUAUAUUGAGAAUGUUGGACGAUGGAGCUUUAUUUUCAUUUAGGUAUCAUGUGUGGCCAAAAGGGCAUGCGGCGACAAAUUAUGCCAAGUGGAAAGGAUCUACUGUUCCGUAUAAAGUAUCAUGGGAACCAGAUUAUGAACCUUAUGUAGUGGUACGUAGCGAUGUUCCAAAAUAUGAUACUAGAUUUGUCGGUUUCGGUUGGAAUAAAGUAUCACAUAUCAUGGAACUUGAAGCUCGAGGAUACACUUUUAUUGUACUUCCAAAUGCGUUUAUAAUUCAUAUGCCUCACGCGCCGAGUUUCGAUAUUGCCAAAUUUCGUGGAUCUUCUCAGUACAGAAGAUGUUUGAAGAUUCUUAAGAACGAGUUCAUAGAAGACUUACGCAUACGGUAUUCAAAACGAUUAAAUCACACCGAGAGUUAAUUCGAAUUCAUUUUUUAAAACAUAAUAAUAUCAUUGAGUAUAAACUAUAAAUAUAUUUAGUACCUAUACUUACUAACUUAAUGACAAAAUGUAGGUCUUAUUGUUGCCUGCGUUUUAUUUUUAGACCGAAAUGUAUUCAUAUUAAUUUUUAAAUUCGUUUUUUUCGUUCGGAAUACGUCGAUAUUUAGCUCAAUAGAUUAUAAUUUA